GUUUUCAGGGCCCGUAUAUAGUAGAAUGGGAGAACUAUGCUACAUGCCAAGGCCCCAAAUCCAUGAACCUGUCCGUCUACACCCCAACUCUAAUUAAACAGCCCGACGGCUCUUAUAGAUAUCUACUGAAUAUAACGUUUACAGAUACCGUGAAAAUUGAAGAAAUAAGAAUGAAGGUGAACACAGUCAAAGGUGGGAAGAAGACGAUACUGUGGAAUGUCAACGUGAACAAACCGUGUCAACAUUACAUGCUGGCCGCCAUGCUUGAAACCUACUUCGGAGUGAAAAACUGCUGGGUAAAAAAGGGUGACAUUUUCGUCGACAUGCCACUCACGGAGCUCAUGGUGAAAUACAUUGGGACCUCGUUCUUUUAUGGAGACUACUUAUUCAAAGUUGUCGUUAAUUCGAAAAAAGCGAAUCUAGCCUGUCUCGUUUUUGAUCCGACGUUUAAGAAAAAAAAGUAA